AUGUUACUUGUAGCACCAGCACCAGCACCAGCACCAGUGUUGGCACCGGCACCGGCAAAAUCAAAAGCACUCUCCCCAGUGGCAACCCCAGCUCCCACACAGAUGUCAGUUCCACCAAUUGACUCACUUCCUCGUCCCGGUUGUACUCACAAUCUGGUUGUUCCUGGCACCAUAACCAACAAGGGCAAAUGGAAGAAACCCAAGGUCUUGAAGCAUUUGUCAAAGGCUGUCAUCUCCGAUACCGAGGACGAGGACAGGCAGCCGACAGGGACAAUCGUAGUUAAGCGGUCUAAGAUUGUUGAAUCGUCGGUUGCAGCGCUGCCAAAAUCAAAGGGUAAUAUGAAGUCCAUCAAGCAGCCGGAAGCCGAACCAAAGAUCGGCCGAGCCCAGCCAAAGGGCAAAGGAAAGGAGAAGGUUGUGGAAAUCGCCGAACCUAUGAGAGGGCGCGGGCCACUGAAGGCCAAUGCUGAGGUGUACACUCCACCAUGCACGAGGUGCACCGGGGAGCCUUGUCUUGUGGUGGUUGGCAGGAAGGGGCAGGCCAUCAAGUCCUGUGCCAAGUGCCACUUCCAGAAGGUGCGGUGUAACCAACCAGUGUCAGUCGAUUCUUGGGGCACAUCCACAACGCAGGCCCCAAAGUCACACCCUCCUCGGUCAAAGGCCACACCGGCCUCAAAAUCCAAGGCUCAAUCCCAGACAACCAGAGCGACCUCGCGUGUACAUCCACCCACUCCUAUCCUAGAAUCCAAGGAUGCUGUUGAGGAUACCGAUGAGUCUGUUACCGGUUCCGAUGAUGCCGAUAUGGACCCUGAUACCAACGCUGAGCGGCACACCGACAUCGCCACCGAGAUGUCAGUUGAUCCUGAAGAUCAAAUCAUGGUUGACCAGCCUGCAGACAUAGCUUCUGCAGCCGACUUCCCUGCCGAACAUUGGCUGGAGCCCACUGAUGAAGCGCCCAUUCCCAUUCCCCCACCAACUCCUGUGGCUGACCCCCUUUCCCUUCCUUCAGCACCUUCAUCACCUACCAUUCUUGAACACCUGCUAACCCUGACUACUCAGGUCACUGCCAUGCAAAUGGCCGACGAGAAUGCCCUUGCCAGGGUGAAUGCGAUGGAACAGGAGUUUGACGCCCGCAUCUCCUCGAUGUGUGCCGAGCUUUCCUCCAUGCAGCUUGAUGUCAGUGCCACUGUGACAUUGGUGAACGGACUUGUCGGCCUGGUCAAGAAGCUUCGGCAGGAACGGGUCCUCGCCAAUCCAUCAUUCCCACCACCAAUGCUAAGCCAUGGCAAUGAAUCCUCGGCCACCGCAUUCGGCAUGAGGUACUUAAACGGCGUGUUCGGCCCUUCAGUUGCUCCCAUGCCUCUUUCUGUUGGAGUCGGUUGA